UUACUUUCCCCCAUUUUUUUUAAAUUACUCUUUUGUCUUCUUCAAAAUCUCUACUACCAUCACCAUCCCCUGCAUCAAUCAAGCUUUAUUUCAAAGUUUCAAACUUUAUUUCACUUCAGUUCUCUCUCUGUCUUCAUCUCCACCACUUACUGUGAAAAAAGAUUUUACCUUUCUUCUUCUCCAUUGAUUCUCUUGCAUUUUGUCAGAAGGGUUUUUCAUAAAUUCAUCAUAGAUGAAGAAUAUGUGUAGCUUAAGCUAAAGCUCUCAGUUUCAGAUAACUAGAUUACAAGCUUCUGAUUAUCAUCCCAUCACUCUUUGUCUGCAUAUAUCUUCUGGUCUACAAAAUGCCAAGGUCAAGGGGAUCAGAAGUGCCUCAAAGACAGUCUCCUCGAGGUCCACAUCAGCUGAGGACAUCAAGUUCUGAUUCAGAUCCACCUCAUCAUCGGCCAAUUGCUGAUCGCAGUCCCAAGCUUGGAGACCGCCGUUCCCCGAGAGGUGGCCCUCACUCUGAUCCAGUGCACCAGAAGAAACUUGGUACUCGCAUUGCAGAUUUAGAGUCUCAACUUGGGCAAGCGCAAGAAGAGCUAAAGGUUCUGAAAGACCAGUUGGUAUCAGCUGAGGCUGCAAAGAAGGAAGCUCAAGAAGAACUGGAGAAGAAAACUAAGAAGUCAAAAGCUCCAGGGUCUACAGAGAUUCCAAAACAACAUUAUCCAAGUGAAAUCCAAGAAGAAGCUAAACUAACAGAGACCAAUCCUAGGGAUGGGGUUUUGGAUGAAAUUGACGAGACUGAUGUUUUUGAAGUUCCAGUAGAGAAAGUUACAGUUGAGCCUAAGGUUGAAAUAUGCCAACAAACCUCUGAGGAGGGAAAAAUGGCCAAACAAAUUGAUGUAUCAACUGAACCAUCAGUAACUCCAGAACCAGAGAAGGCAUCCAACCAUGACUUAUCUCUGGCAAAUGAAGAGAUAACUAUGCUAAAAACCAAAUUAGAAGAGAAGGAGAAGGAGCUAGUGGUGAUUGGUCAAGAAAAUGAAAACCUGAAACUGCAGCUGAAUGAAGCUAUCCUGAACAUUUCGACUGCUGAAGCAAAGAAAGAGGAAAUGGCACAGAACCUGAGCCAUCUUGGAGAAGAGCUGAAGACAAGUAAAGAAGAGGUGGUAAAGUUGAAGGAAAAGCUGGAAGCAGUGGAAGACGCAAAAGAAGCACUAGAAACAGAGAUGAAGAAGCUGAGAGUACAGACUGAGCAGUGGAGAAAAGCAGCUGAUGCUGCAGCAGCCGUGCUUGCUGGGGGUGUAGAGAUGAAUGGGAGGGUUCCUGAGAGGUGUGGAUCCAUGGAUAAGCACUUUGGUGGUGUGUUUGAACCAUUGGCAGGUGGGUACGCUGGCUUUGUAGGAUCGCCUGGAAUGGCGGACGGCUUAGAUGAUGGUUUCGGUAGUGGUAAACGAAAGGGUUCUGGAAUCAAAAAGUUCGGAGACUUGUGGAAGAAGAAAGGCAACAAAUAAUCAAGAAUCACUCUCUUUCGUGAUGUUAAAAUCUUUUUCAGUAUCUAAGAUGUUGGCGAAAUGGUCGCUCGCUAUUUCGUGUUGUGUUCUUAGUAGUCAAGAGUUUGAAGUUAUGUAGUGAUUUGAACACCAAGGAUGAUUCGAAUAUGUUGUACUUAAAUUUUGGCUAUUCCAAGAGCCACUUCUUAUAGAUGGGGCUUUUUGUUGCUGCA